GGAAAUAGAAAGCGAAAGUUUAUUUACUGAACUAAUUAGACGUUUUUGCUAUGAUUUAUCGAUUGAUUAGUUAAAUCAGAACAUAUUUCGAGAGGUAGGCCUAUGAGGCUAGAAAAUUAAAUGUUACCUUAAGGAAGAUCUGCUUAGUUUAAUACUGCUGAUGUUUAAUAACAACUUUCUAAAGAACAAUGGUACAUCCAGCGUAUUUUGCUCUACCUAUCUUAUCUUUAGGAAUAGCAGCUAUCUACUAUGCCUAUAGAAGCUUUCGAAGUCAGGAGCAUUCUGCUGGUGGUGGACCUGAUGUAUCUCACACAGCUAUAGUGUUAUCCAGAAAUAAUGCUGUACGGCGAAGAAAAACCAAGAAAGAAUAUAAUGAGGAAAAUGAAUGCCAGAUUUGCCAAGAUGCUGAAUAUAAUGUAGAAAUCUAUCCUUGUCGUCAUAGAGAAAUAUGUGAAAAAUGUAUUGAUGUUAUUAUCACUAAACUUGAUAGAAACUGUCCAUUCUGUAGACAGUAUAUUCAAGGAUAUACAAAUAUAAGUGUUACUGAUAAUACAAAAUGACCCAAGUCGAAUAGAUUGUGACAUAUUUUUGUGAUAAUUUUUGAUAACUGAUCUUUUUUGAUCUAUAUUCCAUGGGGUUUUUAGGUUAUACAUUAAUUUUAAAACUAAUACAAACUAGAGAUCAAGUGUGAAAUAUGUAGUGUACAAACGUCUGUUACUGUGAUAAUCAUAGAGUAAAGUUCCUUUUGUCCUUGAUUGACACAAGACCCAGUCCUUAGUUGGAUUAUCUAGAUAAAUUGCUUUCUCCAUUUAUCAAAUGAGAUUUUGUUAUUGUAUUUAUGUUAUGAUGCUGUGAUUUGGUAGGUGUAUUAUGAUAUAAUUAUUUGCUUUAUUUUUUAACUGAAAAUGAAGUAAGGUUGAAAUGUUUCAUUUGAUUUGAGCAGCUAUGACAGGUGUGGCGCCAGGCUGUGUAUGCUUACUCUUCUAGACACCUGAUACUACUUUUCAUUAUGAAAUACUUAAUCACUUAUGGUUGAUAUACUUCCUCAUGUGAAAAGUUUAUAAGCUGUUACCAAUGGGUUUCGUUUUGUGGUUUGGAUCAUUGGUGCUUAGUUUAUUUAUUUAUAUCUAUUUUCAAUUUCAGUUAUGUGAAAAAAGUCCUCCAUUGCAUUUUGGGUGAAUUUGAACAAGUAAUCUUCCCAAUGAGCUUGAAUUUGGGCAAAGUAACCCCCAUUUACUUCAUCUGAGUGCAAGAAGAUGUGAUCGUCGAUCACUAUUGUAAAAUAUAUUGAAGGGUAUUGUUUAAUUUUAGCAUCAGAGUAUAGUAUAGAUUGCGCUAUGCACUUAUGGUAGCGAGUAUCCUGUUGUUUUAUAAUUAUAACUGAUAAUGUAAAAUUUACUUUUAGAAAUUUAGACAAGUUUUGUAUUCAUUGCCUUUUGAAUAUAUUGGAAUAUUUAAGAACUGAAA